GAGCACCCAGUCUCCGCGCGCAUCUGGUCCGGCUGCCCGGCGUGUGCGGCCCUGCUGUCAGGGCCGGUGCCCCCCGCCCCGCGGCCGGGCCGAGGCGGCCUGUGGGCCCGCUGCGGGGCGGGGCGGGGCCGGGCGCGGCGCGGGGGGCAGCGCGGGACAGAGGUGCAUGCAGCGGCCGCUGUCGCCGCAGAGGCGCCGGGCCCGGGCGCCGCCGCCGCCGCGCGCCCCCGGCUCCAUGCCGCCGCCUCUCCGGCGAGGGGCGGGGGGCUCCGUCCCGGGGUGGGCAGCCCUCGGCGCGGCGCCGCUCCCCUCCCCGCCCGCUGCCGCCUAGGAGUGCAGGCUCGGCGCGCCCCGCGGGGAGAGGGGGCGGGCGUGGGCGGGGGCUCGCGGGUGGCCGGGCAGCGGGGACCCCGCGCGGCGCGGCAGCGAGAGGAGGGGGCUUCCCGGGAGGAUGCCCGGCGGCUGGCGGCUCCCGGGUGCGAGCUGAGCGGUCCCCGGAGCGGGGCGCGCGUGGCCGGGCGGGCGUGCAGAGUGCCCCCGCGCAGCCCCCAGCCGCGCCAGCAUGGGCUGCAUCCAGAGCAUCACCUGCAAGGCGCGGAUCCGGCGCGAGAACAUUGUGGUGUACGAUGUGUGCGCCACCAUCGACCCGUGCCCCACGCGCAUAGAGGAGACCUCGCCCAUCGUCCUGCGCUACAAGACACCCUACUUCAAAGCCUCGGCCCGCGUGGUCAUGCCCCCCAUCCCCCGCCACGAGACCUGGGUGGUGGGCUGGAUCCAGGCUUGCAACCAGAUGGAGUUCUUCAACACCUACAGCGACCUGGGCAUGUCAAGCUGGGAACUGCCUGACCUGAGGGAAGGGAGAGUAAAAGCCAUCAGUGACUCAGAUGGGGUGAGCUACCCCUGGUACGGGAAUACCACAGAAACCGUGACCCUGGUUGGCCCCACCAACAAGAUCUCCAGAUUCUCCGUCAGCAUGAACGACAACUUCUACCCCAGCGUGACCUGGGCUGUGCCCGUGAGUGACAGCAAUGUGCCUCUGCUCACCAGGGUCAAGAGGGACCAGAGCUUCACCACCUGGCUGGUGGCCAUGAACACCACCACCAAGGAGAAGAUCAUCCUGCAGACCAUCAAGUGGCGGAUGCGGGUGGACAUUGAGGUGGAUCCUCUGCAGCUUCUGGGACAGAGGGCCCGGCUGGUGGGCAGGACUCAGCAGGAGCAGCCCCGGAUCCUGAGCCGGAUGGAGCCCAUCCCACCCAACGCCCUUGUGAAACCCAAUGCCAAUGAUGCCCAAGUCCUCAUGUGGCGGCCCAAACGAGGGCCGCCCUUGGUGGUGAUUCCUCCUAAGUAGAAGCAAGACUGGCCUGAUCACUGCUGAAGCUGGCAUCGUGAACACAUGCAAGGAGGUGGCCAGGGGUGGCCAGAGCCAAACUGAGUUUCUGAGCCAAAGUAGACCUCUGGGUUUGCCAGAUCUUACAGCCACUUGUAGGGCUGCUCCAUGGGUGGCAAAACCACAGUCCUUCAGAGAAGUACCUUUUUCCUUCUAGGAAUAAAGAAAUCACUGAUUUGAUAGACUUGCUCCUAUUCCCAUGCAAGUAGCCAUAUUUUAGAGCUGACCACGAUGAAUCUUUUAUCUGAACUCUUGACCAUUUCUUUCCUGUGAGAUGCAGGGGAUGGAAACGGAAUUAAAUAGUGCCUGUGGCAAACACUGCUUGCCAGCCAGUUAUAAGUGAGAUCGAGACUUCCUCACCAGAUGUUUGUCCCCUGGCAGGACAAGGCAUGCCCAGCAAGCAGAACCACACUGUGGAGACUGACCAGGAAAGGAUGCGGAAGCCUGCACAGCUGUUCUUAUCAGAGGAGCACCAUCCACCUGCUGCCCUCCCACUCCAUGCACCCUCCCACCCCACCAAGGGCCACUGCACCUCCCCAAGUCUGGACAGGCAGGAGGAGUGGCCAAGGGAGGUUGGGGCGGAUGUUCAAGUGCUAAGUUGCGUCUGUGUGUCUGUGUGUCUGUGUAUGCAGAUCGGCUCCAUCCAGAGCUCAAGUUCUUCUCCCCCUCACCCUCUGACCCCUAAAUUGAGCUGCCCAGGGAAGGAGCUGGUCAGUCUGGACUGGAAACACCUAUCUUGACCCAGCCUUGCUUCCCAGUCAGCCUUCCCACUAGGCACUCUGAGCUGAGACAUGGGGAUCCUCCCUUCUCUGCGUCAGUGUUGAUGCUCUUGGGAUUACUCUGAUCCUAGAGAGCCAGCCCAUGUCCCCUGUGGAGACCAGGCUGGGUGUCUUCAGGUGACCAAGGGCAGAGAGUACUAUCACCAGGAUAAGUGCAGUGAGGGGAGAAUCACUCUAAGGGGGCAAAAGUGGCAUGCACCAUUUAAUUUACUGGUUAAUUUAUUGCUGAUGGAUGGAUGGAUGAUGAUGGUAUGUGUCAUUUAUUAUGCAGCAGAAAAUCCAGUCCUAUCUUGGAGGCUUCCUGUCACAGAAUGUGUCUUCUUGAUCCCUUAAAGCACAGUAAGUUAUUCAUUUUUGAAGCCACAGAAAAAGGGGUGCCUCUCCCUAUACCCAGACAUCUGCGCCCCUGCCAGAUUGCCAACCAGCAGUGGGUUAGAAAGUGUCAGCUAGUGAAGCUACAAAGUCACACAGAUUACUAGAAGCCUCCCUGUCCACACUGAAGCUGUCUGAGUCCUCCCCUCCCCAUUCCCCAGUCCGGCCUUCCUGACUUCCUGUUCUUGGCUGGGAAUGGCCUUCUGGAAAGCACGCAGUCUGAUUCCUCCUGCUCUGGCUGUGUCUCCCAAUGUCUCUCACACACCGUAGAAUCACUCAUGGAGCUUAAAGACCUGUCCACACCUGGUCCCCACUCCAGCUCAUGAGAGUAAGAGUUCUGGGUGUAGAACCUGGGCACCUGUGAUAUAAACUUACCCAGAUGAUGCCACUGUGAUAAGAAGGGGUGGGAGAAGCAUGGCCUGUGUUUUCUCCCUCUGCCCCUCUUUACCCCCUGCCUCUUCAGCCAUUUCUCCUUCAGAGUUUUCUCCCCUCCUAGACACAUCUCAGCAGGUCAGUCAGUCCAGCACACUCCUGGAAAGCUGGCAGGCCCACUUCAAUAUCCCAAGGAGGCGUGGGGGGUUGGGGGGGGCUGUGCUAUGUCUGGGGCUGCUUUCCCACCAGCCCGUUUCUCUGGGAGCAGAAACCUAGCCCUUUCCAGACUAUCUCGCCUAGGUGGACCCCAGUCUCUUACCUUCCAAAGGCCUGAUGGGCAUUCUAGUGGCACAUCUCCAAUCCCCAACCCCAAAAGAAGACCUAGGCCUGAGAAGACAUUUAUGCCCUGAGACCUAGAAGCUUCUGCAGAGCCCCCUAAAUUCCACAGUGGUCUGCCAAUUUCUACCCCCAUGCUAAUUCUUCUCCCUACUCCUGGCCACAGCCCAAUCCUACAAAGCAGAUGAGAGACAGCUCUUGCUUCUCGCUUCUGAGGUCUCUGUGGUCCCAGUAAGCAGCACUAGAUUUAGACCAUCAGGAUCCCUGGGCUUUGCUAAUUCCCAGUGGACUCCCCAAUUCUAUAUUUUCUGGCUGCAGAGGGUUCUGCAAUAGAGACCAUUGCACACAUGCCUGGUCUGGGAACCAGUGAUGUGGGGAGAGUUGCUUGCUUUGGUGGGGAGCGACGUGGGGAGGGUGGUCUUAGGUCACUUGCAGAGGGAAGGAUGAUUUUGCCCUCACACAUGCAGCUGCCUGCUGUCCCCUCCCACCUUCCAUGCCACACAACGGCUCCAUUUCUCAGAAUGUUCCCACCCUGUGACCCUUCUUUCAGUCAGUGGUGCUCAAGAGUGGAAUAUCCUCUCCCAGGUGAUAAUGUGUGUUCUCAGGACAGGAAGUGGUUCUCACACUGGGAUUGCUCUUAAAACACAGCUGUGGGCCUGAGAGGGGAGACUCCAUGGUCAGGAAGACUUGCAGAGCACCCCAAAUCGCACAGCUGUCUCUGACACCUACCCUUCCUACUCACAGAAGCAGAGUAAGCACACUCACCUACUUCCUGUACUUUGAGACCCCUCCCUUAUUCAGCCCUGUUUUUAAAAAUAGAAGAGAAAUGGAACCAGCUAAAUGAAUUGCAGCCUCACUGGGAGAUGCAACCUAUUUUCACCAGCCACCCUGUCCCCUUUGCAGCUGCUCCUUUGCUUUUCUGCCAUGAGCACGAGGGGACUAGUGUCCUCCCCUCCCCUGUAGGCCUAUUGUUUUGCUGUUCCCCAAUGGGAGGAAAUCAUGCAGGGCUAUGGUGUCACUGGGACAAGGAGUGGGUUGGAAAUAUGAGCGUGUUACUCUGAAGAAGGAGAAGCCAGGUAUUCUGCUACGGUUCUGAGGACACCCCAGCCACUGGAGAGGUGACAGCUGGCUCUGCAGAGUGCCUUACAAAUGACUUCAAUUUGGAGAUUCAGUCUUUGGAUGUUCCAUGAACUCAAAACACAAGUUGCAUUUCACUUCUCUGGGAUUACAACAAAACUCAAUACAGUAUGUAUUCAACCACCA